CGCGGGUUUUCCGGCAUUUCGUCAUGAGCUUCGGAACUGGCCAGAACUGGAUCGAUGGCUCCGAGUUGCCGAGUUACGGAGAAUCCGGGAGUCAGACACGGAUUUGUGCGACAAAACACAAGUAAAGAAACGCGUGCAACGACUUACUCACUCAUGGAUCGUGAGUCGAUUCUCCGUUCAGAGCCUGAUUGCGAGUUAGUCGGGUCCGACACUCGACAAGUCGCAGACCCGUUUCGCGAGCUCCGCAGAGAAGUUUCAGCUCCGCGUGGCGCAGCCUUAUUUGAACAAGUUAUUCGCCAACUGUCAAUCACCUUGCGAAAGAGUCAAGAGAAGAUAGAAUAAGUGAAGAAAGGAGAACGCAAUGUCGCGCCUACAGAAUUUAAUCGAGAACUGGCCUCUUCUGACGUUCGCAAUGACUUUGGCCCUGAGCGGUAGAAUCGCUGACGGCCAGGUAGACGAAUCUGCGAUUUUCUACCCCGGUGAGACGAACCUGAACAGGCUGCGAUCGACACGCGGUGGAAACGUUACUCUUGAGACGGAGCUCAGACUGGCCCAAGAGUUCAACGAGAUUCAAACAUGGGAGGAGUUUCUCGGUAAAAUUCAAGGCGUACCGGAAGGAGUGCAGCUUGGGGUCCCAUCGCUGAUAAACCGAUUCAACAACGGGGAUGAACGCGCGAACGUCGAGAUACCGAGGCAGGCGUCCUGCACCCCGAAGGAACAGCCCGUACUCCUGAAGAUGUCCAACAUGAAUACCAAGUACUUUCCCUCCUGCGCGUGGGUGCCACAGUGCACCGGGUGCUGUGGACAUUCCGAGUUCUCCUGCCAACCGACCGAGACCGUCGCGAGGAACUUUCAGGUGAUCGCCGUUGAUUUCGAUAUAGAGAAGAACAUGAACUUCAAGCGCAGGGAGACCGUCAUCGUCGAGGAGCACACGAAGUGUGCGUGCGCCUGCACCCGGAAGGCCAAGGACUGCAACGAGAAGCAAACUUACAUCGCUAACGAGUGUCGUUGCCAGUGUGCGAACACCGACGAAGAGUCGAAGUGCCUGGAGGACACCGAGAAGAGGACCUGGAAUCCUGAAACGUGCACUUGCGCCUGCUACGGAAUCUACGAAUGCCAAAACGGAUCUUACUACGAUCACAAUAUAUGCGGCUGUAGAAGAUUUUUCAUGGGGAAUCGCAAUGACGACAACGGUCAGCAGAACAGGCGAACCUCUCCUAGAUACAAUUUACCAGGUUCAUCAGCUGCUGGACAGUUUCCUGUUAUCUAUACCAUUGACGCUGACGAUCCAAGACGCAGACAUAAGGAGGAUCCCGAAUAAAGUUUUACACCUGCUCGCUUGGAAAGAUGAUCCGGCCUUCCCAGCACAACAGAGAUUGAAAAGAAGAGAUGAUGAAGAUUAAAUAAAGACUGUUCUAUUAUUCCAGAAUCGCACUCUUUCCUUCGCCAAUGAUGACCAAUCUCAUUAAUUGUCGAAGACGAGAAAAGCUGAGAUAAGCAUUCCUGUCGAUAAUCAGUAUCCUAUUUAUUGUUAUUGGUUGAAAUGAAUUGUUAUUUCUAGACCAAAUUUGUACACUUUUUUAGUACAAGAGACAUAUUUUGGCCUCAUCCAUGCAAAGUUUGUUCUUAAAUCUGAUAGUGUGGAACCAAAGUUAACAGUAAAGUAAGUAAUUGUAAGGGCUAAACCCUUCUUAAGGCACGAAUUUCGUGGUACUUUUAAUUAACUCUAUUCUUCCUUCGGGUCGUAUGAUCCUGAAUUUCAUUGCUAGACUCUGAGGGAAAAGUGAUAGGGUUUUGAGCAGCUGUAAUAAGGGAGUAUAUUUCCCUAUGUGACAAAGAACAGAUAAAGGAUUUUCUUUUAAACAAACUGACAA